ACAGUUCCAAAACCACUUAACAGUUGCAUGCCACCAACACCACAAAGAUUGUCAGGUUUGAUGUUGACUAACCUCUAUUAAUUCUCCUCAACCUUGCCCUUCUUCUUCAUUUCCUCAAACAACUACUUUCCAGGAAGGAAACAAAAAUGGCUCUUCUGGGGACUCUUCUGGUGGGGUUUCUCUCAAUGGUCUCUUCUGUUCAGGCUUAUUAUGGCGGUGGUUGGAUUAAUGCUCAUGCCACUUUCUAUGGAGGAGGUGAUGCUUCUGGGACAAUGGGAGGAGCUUGUGGAUAUGCGAAUUUGUACAGUCAAGGCUAUGGAACAAACACUGCAGCCCUCAGCACUGCACUGUUCAACAAUGGUUUAAGCUGCGGAGCUUGCUAUCAGCUCAUGUGUGUUAAUGACCCUCAUUGGUGCCUUCCCGGCUCCAUUACUGUCACUGCUACUAACUUCUGCCCUCCUGGUGGCUGGUGUGACCCUCCAAACCACCACUUUGAUCUCUCUCAGCCCAUCUUCCAACACAUUGCUCAAUAUCAAGCUGGUAUUGUUCCUGUACUCUACAGAAGGGUGAGAUGCAAGAGAAGCGGAGGGAUUAGGUUCACUAUAAAUGGUCAUUCAUAUUUCAACUUGGUCCUUAUAACAAAUGUCGGAGGAGCUGGUGAUGUGCAUGCAGUGUCAAUCAAAGGCUCAAAGACAAGAUGGCAGCCAAUGUCAAGAAAUUGGGGCCAAAAUUGGCAAAGCAACUCCUACCUUAAUGGGCAAAGCCUCUCUUUUGUUGUAACCACCAGUGACGGUCGCAGUGUGGUGUCUUACAAUGUUGCCCCUGCUGGCUGGUCCUUUGGCCAGACAUAUACAGGAGGGCAGUAUCGGUAUUAGUCAUCAGAUCGUAGAUAUUUUUGCAUGGGGCCAAAAGACUGAUUCAGAAAUGGCCCUUUGUUGUUCUAAUAUGAUUCUGAGAUUCUGCCGUUCAUGGCAGGCCUAGGGAGAGAAGCUGUAAGUGCUUUUACUGCCCUUUUGUUGCCAAUUCAUCAAAAGAGUGCUUUGGUAAGGUAGCACUGUAAUAAGCUAUUGCAACUGCUGAAUACCAUCAUGUUUGUAUCUGAGUUUUUACCAUUAAAUGUAAAAUUUUAAAUUUUCCCUA